UAUAAGGGCGGCGGAGGCGGCGGCGGCCACGGCGGCCGAGUGUGAGACUGGGAGCACGAGCGGGAGGGCAGCGAGGCGCCUGCGCGGUGUCCGGGCCCCCGAGCCCGCGGCGCUGAGCCAGCCGGGACGGACAUGCGCGGGAGGGCGCCCCGGGGCAGCCGCCGCUCCUCCCGGGGAAUGAAAGCUACUGGUUGAUUUGAAAAUCCCUGGGUCUCACAAGUCUGGAGACAUCCCAGAAUACGGCACAAUGUCAACAGCAGGAAUUGCUGCUCAGGAGAUUAGAGUCCCAUUAAAAGCUGGAUUUCUACAUAAUGGCCAAGCCAUGGGCAGCCUGAAGACCUGCUGGGGCAGUCGCAGUGAGUUUAAAAACAACUUUUUAAAUAUUGACCCCAUAACCAUGGCCUACAGUCUGAACUCUGCUGCUCAGGAGCACCUAACAUCUAUUGGGCACACUUCAAAAUCUGUUCCGAUGAACAGCCACUACUUUACAGAAAAUGGUCCACCUCAAAAGUCCAGCUUGCCCCCUCUCAUUAUUCCUCCAAGUGACAACUUGGGACAACAUAAUGAGGAUCAAGUUGUCUGUGGUUUUAAGAAACUCUCAGUGAAUGGGGUCUGUGCCUCUACUCCUCCACUCACACCCAUAAAAAGCUCCCCUUCGCUCUUCUCCAGCACGACUCUCUGUGAACGGGGCUCUAGGCCCCUUCCGCCACUGCCGAUCUCUGAAGACCUCUCUCUGGACGAGACAGACUGUGAGGUAGAAUUCCUAACAAGCUCAGAUACAGACUUCCUUUUAGAAAACUAUACGUUUUCUGAUUUCAAAUAUGAUGUUCCUGGCAGGCGAAGCUUCCGUGGGUGUGGACAGAUCAACUAUGCAUAUUUUGACACCCCGGCUGUUUCUGCAGCAGAUCUCAGCUGUGCAUCUGACCAAAACAAAGGUGUCCCAAGUCCAAAUCCUCCACCUCAAAGCCACCGAAGGUUAAGAAGGUCUCAUUCAGGACCAGCCGGAUCCUUUAACAAACCGGCCAUAAGGAUAUCCAGCUGUCUACACAGAGCUUCUCCUAACUCUGAUGAAGACAAACCUGAGGUCCCCCCCAGGGUCCCCAUCCCGCCGAGGCCAGCGAAGCCGGAUUACAGAAGGUGGUCGGCAGAAGUCACUUCCAGCACUUACAGUGAUGAGGACAGGCCUCCCAAAGUGCCGCCCAGGGAGCCUGUGUCCCGGAGUAACUCCCGCACACCGAGUCCUAAAAGCCUUCCCUCUUACCUCAAUGGGGUCAUGCCCCCGACCCAGAGCUUUGCUCCUGAUCCCAAGUAUGUCAGCAGCAAAGCUCUGCAGAGACAGAGCAGCGAAGGAGCUGCCAACAAGGCUCCUUGCAUCCUGCCCAUUAUUGAAAAUGGGAAGAAGGUUAGUUCAACACAUUAUUACCUACUACCUGAGAGACCACCGUACCUGGACAAAUAUGAAAAAUUUUUUAGGGAAGCAGAAGAAACAAAUGCAAGUCCCCAAAUCCAGCCAUUGUCUGCUGACAGCAGUGUAGUCUCAGCCACGGAGAAGCUGGACUCCAAAGCAAAGGUGGAUCCGGGCGGCCCCGGGAAGCGUAAGCACUUGUCCUACGUGGUUUCGCCUUAGACCGCAGGGCUGUGGUUCAGCAGAGUUUGCAUAGGAGCAGAUGGCUCUCAGUUUUCCAUUUUGAUUGAGGUUCACAGAAAAAUCUUCCAGAUUGUAAAAUAAAAUAGUUGAGCUCUCUGUCUUAAUGAGAAAAAUUUAGAGCAAUCGUGAGAUGCUAUUGUGCUGAGAAUCCCCGAUUUUGUUAGAUGGAGAAAAGUCUAUUCAAGUUUAUAAUUUAAAGAUGUGAUGGCAGGGAGGGAGGAUGGGGAAACUUUUAUAUAUUCGUACCUUAUAUGCCUACAUAUAAACUUGUGGUAUAACCAUAAACCAUAGUUUCAGGUUAACCGGUUAGUUACUAUCUUAGAGUAAUAUAUAUUCAGAAUAGCUAAAACCCAACCUGACAGACUGAAAAUUGAGCAAAUGGAAGAAAAUACAGUGUUGCUUAUUUCGGAAUUAUGAAAAAAGAUUAUUCUUGUUUUGUAGGUUUGAAGAUUUGUGGCUUUUAGGCCUGUUCCAUUUUGUUCAUUUGCAAGCGGUCUUUCCCAGGGAGGGCAGGGUGUACGUCCUUCACCGUGUCCGUGCCGAUCUAGUUUGGAGGUCGUCCCGAGGCCUCAGUUUUUGUCUCGCUGAGGGGAGGGAUAGCAGGUUAUUUGGCAGCCAGUCACCUGCACGCGUCUCAUAUCUUGAAGAGGGGAAAGAUACAGAGUUAGUGAACAAUUUCUCCUUACAAUUCCUGCUUGAUCCUACCCACUGAAGUGGCCGCUUGUGGUACAGGCCUUGCAGACACAGUGGGGUCUUGAGACUCCAGAGGAAAAGCACACUGGAUGCCAGUGUUUAGCAUGUCAGUUUUACAAAAUAAUGAAGCAAUUAGCUAUGUGAUUGAGAGUUACUGUGUGGGGAUGUGUGUUCUGUUUUUUGUUUUUGUUUUUAGACUGUAUUAAUAAACAAAUACGACACAAGCUGGCCUUGUGUUGCUGGUUCCUAGUCAGUAUUUCCUGGGGAUUGUUUGCUUUUUAAGUCAAACACUUCUGACCAACAGCAUGGUAUGUCUUCAUACCAGAGGUCACAUCAGCGUCUUUCUGCUUUGGAAACUCUCCCAGCCGGCUGCUUCGCCUAGGUGCAGUGAGACACAGCUCACAUUCGUCUUCACACCCUUCGAUGGAUUCAGCUUGAGUAGAUAAGCACAGAGAGAAGGUGCUCACUAACAGAGGGACAUUGCUACAAUGUUCUCUUACUAGUUAAACAAGCUGUUUACAGUUUAAACUGCUGAAUAUUAUUUGAGCUAUUUAAAGCUUAUUAUAUUUUAGUAUGAACUAAAUGAAGGUUAAAACAUGCUUAAGAAAAAUGCACUGAUUUCUGCAUUAUGUGUACAGUAUUGGACAAAGGAUUUAUUCAUUUUGUUGCGUUAUUUUGAAUAUUGUCUUUUCAUUUUAAUAAAGUUAUAAUACUUAUUUAUGAUA